GUCUAUGGUUGUUAUUGUUAUUGGUUAUGGUUCUUGAAAAUGUAAAAGUGAAACAGAAGUCGUAUUAUGUCCAUGUUUUGAGAUUUGUUGAAUUUCGUAAAGUUAUUCUAGGACUCCCGAAAUCAUGGCAACGAGCGAAUAUACUUGUUUGUUGAAUCUUGCUAAUAAUGAAGUUGUCAGAAUUUCUAAAAUAAAGUUUUCAGUUGGUCGAAGUCCGAAAUCUGAUUAUGUUCUUCAAGGCUCGUCAAUUUCGAGGAUACAUUUUUACAUUGAGAAAAGAAAUGCGUCAUGGAUUUUACAGGAUAAUAGUACACAUGGAACUUUAUUAAACAAGAAUCUUGUUAAAAAUGAAUCAUAUUUACACAAUGGGGAUUUAAUAGAAUUCGUUGGAGGAACAAUCUGUUUGAAAUAUUCAGAGGCACAAAUGAUUGAUAACGACUCAAUUUCUGAACCAAUGACUUCACCAAGAAGGAAUAGUAUGCCUACUGUGUCUAAUGAUCAAAGUUAUGAAAGAAAAGAAGCUGAUAUAGAACAAACUUUUUCAGAAAGUGAUGUUGAAAUUGGUCACUCAUCUUCCCUGGGGUCUUCAUCAUCUACUAUUGAAAAAAGAGCUCAGAAAAGAAAUAAUGUAGAAGUAGAUGAAGAAUCUGAUGUGAAGAAAAGUAGACAUAUGGAAGAGGCUUCUGGCAAGACAAAACUAAAAUGUAAAUUGGAGGCUUCUGAAUUAGAAUGUAGUAUUUGUCAAGAACUAUAUAUUGAGGCCACAACAUUAAAUUGUGGUCAUACUUUCUGUAGUUCAUGUAUAAUGAGGUGGAAGAGACAGAAGAAGCAAUGCCCAAUUUGUAGGAGACACAUAGAAUUUGAAAACCCAACAAUGGCCCUUGAUAACAUGGUCAAAAAGCUUGUGUCAAUGAUGGACCAAAAUGAUAGAGAACAAAGGAACAAACUUGUCGCGGAGAGAACUGAGAAAAUAUUCCUUCCAGAAGUAUCAAAUGAGGAACCUAUGGGAUGGAGAGAUUUUCAAAGAGGCCUUCCAAGAGGUAUCAAUUACUAUUAUGACCUUUUAUCACAUAUGGAGGAACUUGGUGACAAUAAUAGUGAUAUUGAGGACGAGAGAUACGUUAUAUGGAGACCGUAUUUUGGGGCGAGAGGAUUAUUCAUUUAAUCCAUGGGCUAUUAAUCAAGAUUUGAAUUUUUCUGUAUAUAGUUUUCAUUGAGAAAUAUGAUUUUUUAUAUUA